UUUUCGGGUUCCAGGAAGUCUGAAUGUUCUGACUUCCCAGAUCUCGUCCUGACGACGCUUGUCACGGUGCCAAGUGAUUUGUCACGUGUCCCAACUGCUGCUAGGCCUGGCUGUGAGAAUUCUCCCUCGACUCCAUCGGCUGAGCGGGCCGGAACGACCACCAUCGCCGCGUUGUUAAACGUUCGCACGCCACGCGGGGCAGUUUCAUUCGCUUGGCCGUGUCAGGUGGUGGAGGGUUUGGCGAGAGAGAGACGAGCAAACUUCACAUAUGCAGGUGUCAGGGUCCGGAUCGAACCCACGACCUCCUGCACACUCCACCCUUCUCACCCUACCACUCAGGAAACCUCCGCUGCUCGUGGUGGUGGUGGUGGCUGCGUUUCUAACCACCGCCGUGCGUGUCUCUCCACAGGCUUCGCUGCCGUCAUCGCGAUGUACCUCGCCGUCGGCUACGGAGCGUCGCUGCUGUGCAACCUCGUGGGCUUCUGCUACCCCGCCUACCGCUCGAUCGCGGCGAUCGAGAGCUCCAGCAAGGAGGACGACACCAAGUGGCUCACCUACUGGGUGGUCUACGGACUCUUCUGCGUCGGGGAGUUCUUCUCCGACCUCGUCCUCUACUGGUUCCCCUUCUACUACUUCUUCAAGUGUGCCUUCCUCGUGUGGUGCAUGGCGCCCGUGUCGUGGAACGGCUCCACCGUCAUCUACCAGCGCAUCAUCCUGCCCUGGUUCCAUGCCCACGCGGCACAGGUCGACCGCGUGAUGGAAGACCUGGGCGGGCGGGCGCGCGAGGCGGCCGACGCUGCCACGUCACGAGCCGUUGGCCUCGCGACAGCGGCCUUGGGCUCCAAGGACAAGAAAAGUUCGUGACUGCGACAGCGCUCGGCGCCGCCGCCGCCACGGAGCUGACCGACGCUGCGGGCGAAUCGACCUCUCUUCCGCGGCCGCUGAAUCCGGCUCGUGGUGGGGGGCGGUGGGGGGUGGUGGGGGUGUGUGUGGGGGGUGGGGAGCCGGGGAGUCCAUGCGGGGGUCGGGGGUCAGGGGUUAAUUAUUUUUUUGCCACUCCAUGCCACGUCGUCGGGUCGUGCCGCCCGGCCGCGUGGGGGCGGCACGGCUCGGUUUGCGGCCAGCGCGAAUCGGCGAGUUUCGGCGUUCACCGACCGGCGGUUUUGGCUUUUGAGAGGGAGCAAGGGGUGAAGUGGCGAGUUGGGAAGUUUUUCCCCGCCCGGUGUUUCAGGUCUGCCACGGGUCCACGCUGCAUUUCUUUACAUCUCUCUUUCUCUUGCCCUCCAUGUCUCUCCGUAUCCAUCUCUCUCUCUCUCUCGAGAUGGAUAGGGAGAGAGCAACAGAGGUGGGGGGGUGUUUGUUGCGUUGUUUUUCAAGUUUGCCAGCAUUUUCGCCCCCCCCCACCUUCUCCGCGUAACGAAAUCCAGUCUCUCCCAAGGGCUGCGACGUCCUUCCGUCUGUUCGCGUUCAUCAACGAAUUCCCUCCGUCCCUGGCGAUGCAUUCUCACCGCGAAGUCCGUGUCGCUUCGUUUCUGGAACGACGGCUUCAUUAUCGCGGUCUUCUCCGUUCAAAUACAGGUUGAGGUGCACCAUGCUGCACGCACAGUAUGCAGUGUGCAGCAUGUGCAGUGUGCAGCAUGCUGCACGCACACGAUGCAGCAUGCUGCAUGCGCAGUAUGCAGCGGCGAGCCGAAUCGAGAAGCGUAACCGCAUGUGUGCCCGCGCUGGUACGCGUGUGCGUGUGUGUGUGUGCGUGCGUGCGUGCAUGUGUGUGUGUGUGUGCGUGUGUGCACGUGCGCAUGUGCGUGUGUGUGCGUGUGUGUGUGCAUGUGUGCGCAUGUGUGUGUGUACGCGUGUUUGUGAACGGUUGCGCAGUGUUUUGCACGCUGCACCGUGAACCUGGCGAGCCGAGUUCCAUGCCAACACGAGUGUUCGGUUAUCGGAACUUGUCCCGGCCCUCCUCCAGGUCGGAUCGGCCUUAAAUGAGUGGCAGCUCUGUGGUGUGUAGACAUCGGCACUUGGGGGAGAGCAAAGGUGGCCGAGCACAGGCACCGGCCACACCACUCCUCUUUCGCGCACCCUGCCGGCCUGUAUAGGCGCUCACUCGCAGCACUUGCCCUUACAGUCUGUUGAGGCUACACGGGGGAUCUUCGUCUUUGUUCCUCAUGGCGUAGAGAGAUCCGAUUCGGCAUCAGGUGUGUGCGGUGCGUCACCACGUAGUGCGUAAUGGAACGGCGAAGAUUUGUAAAACGUGGGAGAAGGCGGAUCGCGAGGCGUUCGAUUGUGUUAAACUCUGGCUGCAAAUGUUCUUGCCCGGCCAGGAAAACCAUCUCCAUGGCCAGCUCUGAAUGCGCUACUGUGGCCAUGGGGUGAUUGCCGUGUGUCGGAGUGGUUCAACUGCCCUACCGUUUAAUCUCUUUGAAUAUAAACAGAGGCGCGGUUGUGGAAGUUAUCCUGCGUUUCUCACCCCCGCCCCCCCCUCCUCCCAUUCACGAACGAAGGAUUGUGGCGCUCUCCGUUCCCAACACUUUGCCAGGCACCUGCGGAUGACCGUCGCUUGCCUGGGGCGUAAUUUAAAAGUCGACGGGGAUUAGUUUAUAAUUUAUCGUUGAAUAAAAGUUGAUCCAAUAAAAACAAAA